CUCGUCAGACAGAACGGCCUCCAUCUUGGGUCUGAUUCCAGGUCAGCACAGACUGUGACGUGAGCGGUUACAGAAAAAAAACAAGGAAUCCACACACUCACAUGAAGAGUCAGUGACAAUAUGCAGCCUCAUCAGUUUCUCGUCUCACAGUCAUAAAAUAUUAAAACAUUAAUAUUCUUUCUUUAAAUGAUUUAUUUUUGUCAUAUUUAUGGCACAGACCGUUGCUGCUGGGUUGAAGUUCACACUGACACCUGCUGGUUCACUCCUGUUUCCUAGAGCUAACGCAGCAUUAUUUCACUGUCUAAGCACCCGUGUCCUCCUCAGACCUUACGACAUUACAUCACAGCAGGUCAAGGGUCAGGACAUGUUCUGAACAUCAAGGACUGAUACCGGUGUGACCUUUGACCUCAGGUAAUCCUGCCUGCACUGUUUAAACUACUUUACUUUACUAGACUAUACAACUUCCACUCAUCAUUAUGUCCCUAGAAAGAAACUAUGAAACAAUAACAUAUUUAAAAAUGCUGUUCUUAUAAAUGAGACUUUUUAUUUUUAUAUUUUGUUCAGACUUAUUACAGACGAUGCUGGAUUCUCAUGUCGAAUAAAAUAUUAGAUGUAGCCGUAUCCUAUGUUCAGUGAAGCACUUUAUGAUGACAAAGUGGAGGCAUGCAGCAUGGACUCACAGUGAGCUAUGAAUGGAGGAGCUAAUCAGUGCUGAGGGCUUGCGUCUCUAAUAAGCCUUUCUGUUAGCAUCGGAGGGGGAUAAUCCUUUUAAGCAGUGCUCUACUAGGAAUCAGUUAGUGAACGCUUCCUCUCAGACUGGAUCAGCUCCUCAAUGUGAGACAGGACCCACAUUCCACCACAUCCGCCGGCCGUCCUCUGCCUCGGUUCCUGUGGGAUACACGUCGCGCUACAGCCCGCUCACCAGGCGAUCCGGACACCCGGCCUCAGUCGGGGGGAGGGUGGGGGCUGCUGGGACACAGACCGAGCCUGAGUCAGGAUGGAGAGUUUAAGGAAUUCUGUGAAGAACAUGGUAUCGGUGAAGAUCAGGGAGUACGUGAAGGACUACUGCAAGAGGAACGGCCUGCUCACGCUCUCUGUGUUCGCCGUGCUCAUGGGCUGCGUGCUGGGAUUCAUCCUCCGCUCGCUCAACCUGUCCACACAGGCCAAGAUCUACUUCUCCUUCCCUGGGGAGCUGCUCAUGAGGAUGCUGAAGAUGCUGAUUCUUCCUCUCAUCACCUCCAGUCUUAUGUCCGGCCUCUCAGCCAUGGACACGAAGGCCAGUGGUCGUCUGGGAGUCCUGACCAUCACCUACUACCUGUGGACGACCUUCAUCGCCGUCAUCGUCGGCAUAGUCCUGGUGCUCAUCAUUCACCCGGGGACAGGAUCAGAGAAAGAGGGUCAUCAUGUUAGUUCAGGCCCUGUGAUGACCUCUGCUGACGCCCUGCUGGACCUCAUCAGGAACAUGAUUCCAUCAAAUCUGAUAGAAGCAACGUUUCAACAGUACCGAACAGAUCUGGUGCCCAUCGUGCAGAACUCCAACAUAAAGGAGUCGCAGGUGAACUAUGUGUAUGUGAUGCCCGACUACCACAACCCUCACCUGGGCCACCCAGUCUUCCUGGAGAUCACGCCCGCGCCCGACAUCAAGUACAAGAUUGUCCCCAGCACCAGCAAAGGCAUGAACGUCCUGGGGAUCGUCAUCUUCUCGGCCACGAUGGGUCUGCUGCUGGGAAAGAUGGGAGAACGUGGAGCUCCACUGGUCAACGUGUGCCAGUGCAUCAACGAGUGCGUCAUGAAGAUCAUCAACGCGGCUAUGUGGUACUUCCCCUUCGGCAUCGUGUUCCUGGUGGCGGGGAAGAUCCUGGACAUGCACGACCCGGCCCACCUGGGGGAGAAGCUGGGCAUGUACUUCAUCACCGUGUUGUCCGGCCUGUUCGUGCACGGCCUGGUCCUGCUGCCGCUCUUCUACUUCUUCUUCACGCACAAAAACCCCUUCCCCUUCAUCAGAGGGCUGCUGCAGGCCCUGGUCAUUGCACUGGCCACGUCCUCCAGCUCCGCCACUCUGCCAAUCACCAUGAAGUGUCUUCUGGAGAACUGCGGAGUCGACCGGCAGAUCGCCCGCUUCGUGCUGCCGGUGGGCGCCACCAUCAACAUGGAUGGGACCGCCCUGUACGAGGCAGUGGCGGCCAUCUUCAUCGCUCAGGUCAAUGAGUACGACUUGGACUUUGGCCAGCUGGUCACCAUCAGCAUAACAGCAACGGCAGCCAGCAUCGGGGCGGCUGGGAUUCCGCAGGCAGGCCUGGUUACCAUGGUGAUCGUCCUGACCUCUGUGGGGUUGCCGCCGGCUGACAUCUCGCUGAUUGUGGCCAUCGACUGGGUUCUCGACCGCUUCCGGACCAUGAUCAACGUUCUCGGCGACGCCCUGGCAGCCGGGAUCAUGGCUCACAUAUGCAAGAAGGACUUCGAGAAAGCAGCUGCUGCCGCGGCGGCGGUGGCCACGGCGGCGGCGAACAACGGGAGCGGCCGGAGGGACACUGUCAUCUCCUUUGGUAACCAAAGCGUGGCGCUGUCCGACGCCCCUCUCAUCGCACACCGCUGCGAUUACGUAUUUGAGGUGGACGGGGACAAUGUGCUGGAGCGACCUAUACCUCCGGCCUGCUACAACCUCUGCCAAGUCUGAGGCGCGUACAGGACGGCCAGCGAGGGACACUGCCUUCUACAGCUCAGCUCACCACCAAAGGGACUGUGAUCUGAGGCCCCAAAAAUCCACGCGUGCUUGAAAUCCAGCCAUGUUUGCAUCAAAGUGAGCCUGAGUAUGUCGCGGCACCAGGGUUUGGCAGCUUGCAUGGAUUUUGCCUGUGCCAUGUCAAACAGAGACCUUUAAUACUUGAUGAAUCCUGUAAGUCUCCAAUCAGCUGUUACUUGAACAGAAGUGAGCAAAAGCUUGAGUUUCACGCGUUACCUAAACCACUUCAUUUUCUAAAAGAAUAUGUAACCGUGAUCAGGUGUUAGAACGACAAACAUUAGAUGGAGUUUAGUGUUAACCGGUCAAUGCAAAUAAACAAUAACCACAGUCCUGGAGUUUGAUCACAGAUUUAGGAUCAGUGAGGGGUUUAAGUUGCCUUAACAUGACCAUAAUGCUGAGACCUUGACUUGAAGACUUGAAAGUAAAUGUAAUAUGAUAAAGAAGAAAUUUUAUUUAGUUGGUAAGCCAUGUUUGUAGACAGGUUCUUAUAAAGGAACUGUUAAAAUUGUACAAUAUUCUUAGAAGUUAGAAAUUCAAGUGUUUUUAUACGUGUACUUUGUGUCCAUUUUUUUUAAUAAAAACAUUUGAAAGAG